AGUCCAAAGCAGUUUGAUCACACGUUGUUUAAUCGCUUGGCAUGUUCCUCGGACGAGUUUUAACACUUCGCGCACUCACACCUUAACAUUUUGGCGCGUCCGUAAGGCCAAGAUUAAAGGAUUCAACGAGCCAGGUGUACUGGGAAUGAAGCCAUCACGGUACUAGAUCUACUGUUGUUUCUGGGCGCAGUUCUUAUCGCGACACACGCUUCCCCUUGGUCAUGUUUCUAAAGACAAGUUUGGUUCUAAGCCUGGUAAUUUGGAUCAAUAUCGCCUUCGUGAAUCCCUUGGAGGUCAGAAAUAUUGCAGGAGUCCUAUACCAUCCAAAUGACGAAGUGCUUUACAAGUCUUUCCUGGCCGGUGUUCGAAGACUCAACAAGUACCAGCCCCUACCUUACGACCAAAGUCUCAAAACUAUCUCAUUCAAGACAAUUGGGAACGAAAUACUCGGAUGCAAGGCAGCAAGGGAGCUUCGCAGUUCAAGUUGCAUCUUCGACCUGUCUUUUGGUGACGAGCGGUCGUACGCUCUGGCGGAGCUCCUACAGAUCCCCAUGGUUGUUCUGAAGCCUAAAGUGCGGGGAGGAUGGGCAAGCGACUAUUUCUUCACUCUCAUGCCUCCCCAAGACGAAACAGCGGCAGCUACGGUCCACUUACUACACUACUACAUCAAAACCAAGCACCAGAAAGUCGCUAUCCUAGCCGAACGAAAGCAGGCCCUCCUUGGGUCUAAGGUUUUCUCAUUAGCCCGCCAAGGCGGGUAUGUGAUACCAUACAUGAUGCCGGAACUAGUGAUAGAAAACUACCGUGAGUCCCAGCGCGCCCUGACUGUGCUCCUAAGGUCAAAGGUCAUGUAUGUUGUUCUGGUUUGUGAUCCAGCCGAGACGACAAUCAUCAUGGAGUGGGCUAUGAGAGUAGGAUGCAUCGACAAGGACUCUAAAUGGAUUACUCCAAAUAUGGAUAUUCCCGGGAACAUCUCCGCACUCGCAUUACGUGGCUUGCUGGGACUACGUCUACAAAUGCAUGGUGCCAGAAAACUGAGACGGGAAGCUGAGAGGAAUGCCAUGGCAGCACCUAACGUAACAGGGCUAACGUACGCCGUACUGAAUGAUUCGCUGUACGUGGUCGUUAAGGCCAUAGGGGAGAUGAUGAAGAACACGUUCCUGGUGGAAGACAAGAAUCAGGGAAAAGGCUGCCAAUUUAACCCAGCCGUGACAACAGAUACGGGCGAAACCAUUUUGGAUUUUCUGAAAACGAUCAAUAUGCAAGGACUGACGGGAACUAUUCAGUUCAAGACGGACGGUUCAAAUGAGCGUGUGGUGGACGAGUUUGACAUCAUCAACAUUCAAGUUCAAUCACAAACAUUAUUCUCUCACAAAUACAAGAUUGGCCAACUGACCAUAACGACCAACAGCAACCUGGUAAGCUUACAGAGGGACAACCUGGUCAACUGGAACGGUCAGUACUGGGAAGAGACGGAAUGUGAGCGAAAGGAGGAAUUCAUGCGGAAACACCGAGAGAAUGACCGCGUUAUCAUUGUCACUACCAAGGAGGACGCUCCUUUCAUGAUAAUGAAAGACAAUGCAUCGCUGUUGAAAGGGAACGAUAGAUUCAUGGGCUUCAGUAAGGACCUGUUGGACCUGCUGGCUGAGAAACUGAACGUUAAAUACGAAAUCAGGAUAAGCAAAGAGAAAUCGUACGGCUCUGUGAAGAACGGAGAGUGGAGAGGAAUCCUAGGAGAACUUGUCCGACAAGAAGCAGAUAUUGCAAUUGGCCCGAUUACUAUUACGGCUGAAAGAGAACAAGUGAUCGACUUCAGUAAGCCGUUCCUUGAUUUUCGCAUCGCCAUGAUUCUACAGAAGCCCCUGGAAGAGGACGUGGACCUCUUCGCGUUUCUAAUGCCUUUCCAGAAAGAUCUAUGGGCGUGUUGUUGCCUGGUGGUUGGAGCCGUCACCAUACUGAUGUGGAUUCUUGACCGGUUUAGCCCUUAUGGGUUUCGAGCCGAAGCCAAGAAUACUGGCGAGGGCGAAGGUGACGAGUUCAGCUUGCCUAACAGUCUGUGGUUCGCUACGGGGUCCAUUCUUCAACAGGGUGGGGACAACACCCCUCGGUCGGGCUCCGGACGAGUUCUGGCGGCGUCCUUCUGGCUCUUUACACUUAUCCUAAUAUCCACCUACACUGCGAACUUGGCGGCGUUUUUCACAGCUCAAAACUCCAAAUCUAUCAUCAACUCUCUAGAAGACCUAGUCGCUCAGGACGUCUUCAAAUACGGUGUCCAACAGGGCGGUUCGCUGUUCUCGUUCUUCGAAAAGUCAAAAGUCCGAAUCUACAAGAAGAUGUUUGGCAAGAUGAGCACCCUCAACACUUUUGUGAAGGGUACAGAUGAGGGUGUCAACCGGUCUCGAACCACGCCCUUCGCGUACCUGACUGACCAGCCGUCGCUUGACUACUACAACCAGAGAAAGCCCUGUAAUACAAUGCUCGUCAAGAAUUUGCUGGACGCGAAGAGCUACGCACUGGGGCUGCAGAGGAACUCCGAGUGGACAGAUGGCAUCUCAGUGGCUAUUCUUCAGCUGCGCGAGGAAGGUGAGGUUGAGAGAAUCCGAUACAAGUGGUGGGAUGCGAUGUCCGAGUGUAAUCUUAAGGACGCCGUGGUCUCCAACCAGCCAAUGAGUCUAGAACUGCAUCACCUUGCGGGUGUCUUCAUCAUCCUGGGGGGAGGGGCCGGGAUCUCUCUCGUCAUUCUACUGAUGGAGAACCGAUUUCGAGGGGCGUUUAGUUUUUGGCGACCAGAGUCUCCGCAGGCGGGCGCCCGCAAUAGCCAUGGCGGCUUGUCCAGAGCAGCCUACACAAGCAGCAGUUCAGAAUGCAAAUUGAUCAACAACACGACAAGGAGACAGGAACCUGAUGGUAUAACCAGGAGAUCGCCAAGGCCAGACUUUUCACCAAACAUCGGAAGGGUUCAUCCUGAAGUCAGGCGGCCAUCCGUCUAUGUAACGGCUCCCGAGAGCGAUCUGUAGCUUAGCUAUGAUACAAUAAUCAAUUUAGGCAAACAGGAUAAGACCUCAAAUAUGUUGAUAAGGACCCACUUUGUUGGAUGGCAAAAAAAAAAAAACGCCUUUUUAAAGCAAGAGCUUUAAAAUGGCCUGAUGUGCUUUUAGUGCCUCAAAGUUGGACUCAUAUCAAGGAAUUUAACAAUUUAAAUAAGCCCUGCCACCAGCCCUGGGGGACUCAACAAGUUGAAUGUUAUGUUACAAUAAAUUUUGUUAAGGAUGUAAUCCAAUAUACAUUCUAGGUAUGUGACUCCAAAAAAUGAUGUCUUUGUCUAUGUUCAGUUUUUAAUAAUAUGAACUCCCAAUUAAGAUAAAUUAUAAAAUUAAGCAUUGUAUUAGGUAAGUUAAUGGCUGUCUGCCUUCUAGCUUGUUUGUGUUGAAUUGUAGUAUUAAGUAUCUACAAAAAAUUAUCAUUGCAGUAAUUCCUACAGCAAUGAAACUAAAAACAAUAUUUUUACAUCCACCAUGGUGCCCUGGGUUUGUGGAAAAAAGAGAAGUGUUUCCUCUAAAUCCCUUAAUUCUUUGCUGAGUUGGAUUUUGUCCUCAUAAUUACCAUUUGAAAUUACUAAUGUACUUCAUAUAAGCCUUUCUGCCAAGAUUGAUAUAUAUUUCACAUUCAAUGUAAAUAGCUAAGGAAGCGUUUGGUUGAAACUUCAUGAACAUCUCUUCAAAGUCUGUGUGAUGUAGUGUUAAGUAGUUUAGAUUGUGCAAAGUCAGAACAGGCAUGGUUUGCGCGAGGGUGAAUAAGGGUGCGGAGGCUUCCAUUCAAAUAGGGGAUAGCAAGUUUUACUCGAUAAUAAUAAAUAAUAUUCAUUUUUUUGCCAUUAUUCCUUGGGUUUAAUAUCUUGAUUUACCUGAAGUCAUAUUGUUCCACACAACAAUGAAUAUCUUUACUUUUAAUCUUACUUUUAGCAAAAGUGCUUUUAUUAGUAGACAGGAAUUAAAAUGAACAAUGGUGCGAGAUAUACUGGAAAUUAUUUUCCAGCAUGAGAAAUUCCCUGGCAAUGUAGAAUCUGGAAACAUUAGGCGGGUAGCUGUUAUUUAUAGAAUCAUAAUAAAAAAAUAGGAAAUAGUAAUAUUGUAACAUCAUAUGCCUAUAGCUUGUAUGUUUUAGUCUUGUGUGGACAAUUAUAAUAAAGUCUUUUUUGGCAA